AGGGCAGAUUAUUCAUUUUUGCCGUAAACCCAAAGGCUUUAAAAAUUACAACUGCCCAUGACCAUUUGAUGCAGAAAAUCUUUCAGUUCAUUCCCAUAUGGCUGGAUUGCUUUCUGGUUUAAAAAAAAGGUUCUCAAUUAGGGUGUUUACGGUGUAACUCACAUGAGAUUAUGGUGUUGUGGGUAUGGUUUAACAGUACAGUUUGCCCUCCUUAUCCGCGAGGGAUUGGUUCCCGGACCCCUCGCGGAUACCAAAAACAACGGAUGCUCAAGUCUCUUAUUCAACUUGUAUCAAUUCAGUGGACCUUAGGACCCAGCGGAACCCCAGACCUUAUUUCACCUGUCUCAGUGCAGUGGACAUUAGGACCCGGCGCAGCCCUGAAUCCGCAGUGUUUCUGUUCACGAAAAUAAUCACGAUCACGAUUGAAAAUAAGGUGGAAAUAAUAGUGAUUAGAAAGAGACGAAAUGCCAUCUGUUAUUGGAAAAGCGUUAGGCUACAGUCAGUCAAUGAUCAGAACAAUUUUAAAGGAUAAAAUGUGAAAGGCCCUGCCCCAAUGAAAGCUACAAUUAUUACUAAGCAACACAGUGGUUUAAUUAUUGGAUUUUGGGUUUUUUAAUCCUCCACAUCAACCAGGCACGGAAGGAGAACGUGCUUGGGAGUGGUCUGUCACUGCUUCAAACUUGGGAACUUCCAGAGCCCGGCGCUGAAACAUACAUUCUUAAGUGUUUUAUAUGCAUAGAAAGGUAAAAUAUAUGCUAUAUACUAAGACAAACGUUUGACUAACUUCUGCUAAGUAAUACCGGAUAUACCUGUUCUGACUUACUUAGUAAGAGAACUUCCUAUCUUUUUUCGAUCCCGAUCCACGGUAACCUACACACAUCCUCCCGUAUACUUUAAAUCAUCUCUAGAUUACUUAUAAUACAAUGUAAAUGCUAUGUAAAAUAGUUGUUAUACCGCAUUGUUUAGGGAAUAAUGACAAGAAAAAAAAAGUCUGUACACGCUCGAACAACAAGUGCUGGAAGAGCCCUUCCGGGUUUUCUCGAUUCGUGGUUGGUUGAAUUCGUGCACGCGGAACUCGCGGAUAAGGAGGGCUGACUAUAUACCAACUCAACAUGCGUGAAUCUGAUGGUGUUUUCCCCAUUUUUCUCUGUAGCUGAAAGAUGAAAACUAGAAAAUGGACCAUGGUUCAUUUUAUUUCAUUUAUAUAAGCAUUCAGUAGGUAGGUACUUCUUGGUCUGCACAGAUACAGUGGGUCAAUGGGGCUGUUUCUACACUGUAUGACUAACUUUCACACAAUGCAUGUAAUUGACUCCAGUAUGCAACCCAUUUACACGUGGGAAAUUAUGAUGCAAUGAAUGUUUCACUGCUGCAUAGAGCAGACCGUGUAAGUACUGAAGGAGCAGCUCUGUUGCGGUGUUCAGCAGAGUAUGUCUUGAGAUGAACGGGUUUCUGUUGUAAACUAUGCAGUCUCGCCAUUUUGUUGAUUCAUCCCCGUGCUACUGGCUAAGCCAUACGCAGUAGGUAAACAAGAUAAUAAGAGGCAUUGACCGUGUGGAUAAUCAGGCUUUACCCCAGGCCGAGAUGGCUAACACGAGAGGACAUAGUUUUAAGGUGCUGGGGAGUAGGUAAAGAGAAGAUGUCAGGACGACCAUGAGUGAUUCAGGCAAUGAAGUGGGCGCCUAGGAUUGUUAAGGACUGCCUGUGUUGUCUUAUGUUGAGUUGGCAGUUGGCGGCUGUUAAUUCACAACUUCGUGAUAUAGAUGUGAAGCCAUGGGACUGUAAUCAUAAAGUAUUAAAAUGUCAUUCAGAAAAGUUCAUAUCUUGAUGAUCAUACUUGUUGCAGUAGUGUUUUUGAUAGUUGUGCGCCAUAAUCUAAUUAAUGUGCAUGAUCUACUGAGCAAGGGAAAUUUGGAACUGAAGUAUGGUAGACUAAAUCCUGAUGACAUUCUAAGUGUUACAGAAGAGCGGACUGGUGAACAGAUUCCAAUUCUAAUCCCUGCUGUAGAAGAGCGACUUGGUGGAGUAAUAGCAGCUAUCAACAGUAUAUAUAGUAACACCAGAUCUAAUGUGGUCUUUUAUAUAAUUACUACAAAUGAUACGAUCAUUCACUUAAGAUCUUGGCUUCAGAAACGAGAACUGAUGAGUAUCAAAUGUAAAAUUCUGGAAUUUGAUCAUCGUAUUUUGAAAGGCAAGGUCCAAGGAGAUAUUGAUUCAGCUGAAGUAAAGCCCUUGACUUUUGCAAGGUUUUACCUUCCUAUGUUGAUUUCUGGCACAGAGAAAGCAAUUUAUCUGGAUGAUGAUGUGAUUGUACAAGGAGACAUACGUGAACUUUAUGACACUGAACUGAAGCCAGGUCACGCUGCUGCAUUUUCCGAAGAUUGUGAUUCAAUAUCUUCCAAGGUGCUGGUUAGAGGUGCUGGAAGUCAGAACACAUACUUAGGCUUCCUUGAUUAUAAAAAGGAAACAAUUAGAAAACUUGGUAUGAAGGCAGGCACAUGCUCCUUCAAUCCUGGUGUCUUUGUCGCAAAUCUCACAGAAUGGAAGCAACAAAAUAUCACAAAACAACUUGAAAAAUGGAUGGAAAUCAAUGUAGUGGAGAAUUUGUAUGGUGGUGCCCUGGCUGGAAGUGUUACAACACCACCUAUGCUGUUGGUGUUCUAUAAACAGUAUUCAGCCAUUGAUCCAUUGUGGCACGUCAGGCAUCUAGGCUCCAGUGCUGGUACCAGGUAUUCAUCACAGUUUAUUAAAGCUGCUAAGUUGCUGCACUGGAAUGGACGGUUUAAACCCUGGGGUCGUACUUCCCCUUACAGUGAAAUAUGGGAUAAGUGGUAUGUUCCAGAUCCUACUGGAAAAUUCCAUCCAGUCCGUCGACACCCAGAGGAAGAGGAUGUUCAUUAGGAAAAAUAUUGACUUCCAAACUAAUCAUUUCGUGAAUUUUUGAUUAAAAAGUACCUCUGCUCAGGAAUUUAUUUCUUAGGUCAAUGUGUUGUUAAGAUUAACUUUAUACCAGUACUUUCUAUCAAAAAAACUGUUCAAAUCCUGUGUAAACUAGUUCUCAAAAUGCACCAAUGUAUUAAUUUAACUCAGAAGAGUAUUUGUAUAUAUUGAAUGCUUUAACUUUUAAGAAUGUUGUCCAAAUUACAUUUCAUUUCAAUUAGUGUUUAAAGAAUGAAAGGGUAGCAAUAUUUUAAAUCAGCAAGUUGCUUUUGUCUAUUAUAUGGUUAGAACUGAACCAUCAAUACUAGGUUCUGGUAGUUUUCAGUUUGACAAAUUUGUAUAUUUACACUUUCAUUUUAAUUGGAUAGUUGCAGUUAUAUUGGCAAUAGACAAUCAGGAACAGAAAUUGCUUCAACAUUAAAUAAAACAAGCUUCAUUUUUAACUUGAUAGUGUUUUCAGCAUUUAGAAAAAAAAUUUCUUGAUCAGUUUAAGCAUUUCAGGUGAGCCAGCCCUUACAAGUUUGAUUUAGAAUGACCAUUAAGACAGAAUUAUCAAACUUCUAAUGUCUACAGUAUUUUGGUUAUAUUAAAAUGUUACAAAGGUGCCAUAGGUCAGUCAGAAAUUCACCGCCCCCCCCCCCACCAAAUUGGCUUGGCAGCAGCUAAAAGUACUUAAAUUUUAACUAUUUCAAGGGCAGUUAUAUCUUGCUAUCAAAUAGAAAUAGCUGGAAUUAUCUGGAUGAAUACCAACAUUGAAAAUUAUCAAGUAUUUCACAUUAUUAAAUAAUAAAAUUUGAAGUGAGCAGUUGUUUCAGGCCGAGACCCUUUGUCAAGACUGGAGGGGGGGCAGGGCCCCUAUAAAGAAGGUGGGGGGAGGUGGAAGGUGCCAAGUGAAAAACCAAUCAGAGGAAAGAUCAAGGGAUGGGGGAGGGGAAAGGCAGGAGAGGUGAAGGAAUGUAAAGGGAAAGCACUAUGGGUAGAAGACAGAAUCUUGAGAGAGGUGAUAGGCAGAGUGAAAGUGGGAUGGGGGAAGGGAGAGGGAGGGAAUUACCGUAAACUGGAGAAUUUGAUGAGAAUCCAUCUGGGUAGUCUCCAGUCCCUUGGUAGGAACAUCGAAUUCUCCAACUUCCGGCAAUUCCCCCCCCCCCACACUCCCAUCCCCUUUCACACUUUCACUCUGCUUCGUCUAGCUGCCUAUCACCUCAUGAUUUUGUCUUCUUCUGUUACCCAUAAUGCUUUCCCUUUACAUUCCUUUUUCACCUCUCCUGCCUAUCCCCCUCCCCCACCCCUUGAUCUUUCCUGAUUGGUUUUUCACCUGCACCUUCCACUCUCCUCCCCCCUAACCUUCUUUAUAGGGCCCCUGCCCCCUCCUUUUUCACCUGCACCUUCCACUCUCCUCCCCCCUAACCUUCUUUAUAGGGUCCCUGCCCCCUCCUUCUUCGGUUCUGACGAAGGGCUUCGGUCCGAUAUGCUGACUGCUCAUUUCAACGGAUGCUGCCGAACCUGCUGAGUUCAUCCAGCUUUUGUACGUGUUGAUUUGACCACAGCAUCUGCAGUGUACUUUGUGUUUCACAUUGUUGAACCUUUAAGCUUAUUUUCUAGUUUAACUCGUAUAUCGCUGAAAAAAAUGAGCAGCAACUCAAAGCUAUGAGUUUAUUGUCUCAUAUCCUAUAUUUCACAAGUUAA